AUACGGGAUAACCUUAGAUUUUUAGCAAAUUGCCUUCUUUCCUUGAUACCCCAAGGCCCACCAACGUUUUUGUGGGUAACCGGGUAAUUAUUCUAACUAGGGGUAUCAUAACACCGGUACUCGUAUUAUCGUGCCUCGCCGCCGAUCACUCCCACUCACUUCUACCCGCACCUAGGACCGGUGCCUGAAAACGGGUUAAGGGACCCUUCAAGCAAGAUGUUGUUAGGGUGUUGGGUGGAUUAAUGAUAGCCAUUCGACGGAUCAUCUCUCUACAUAACUAGAGACGAUCCGGCGCCGGAUCGGAAAGCGGCUUUCCGCAUCUUGGUCCAUGUUGGCCAUAGACAAGAUACCAGAAUCGGGUUUACCCCGUUAUCGGCGGCAAAAUCGCGGCGGGAAAAAAGUGCGCUUUGCACGUUGAUAGUGCUUGUAUAAUAUGCCAUUGUUAUCACACGCCCAGACCUUCCGCCCAAUUGCGAGCUUGGCCGUUUCUGCGCGGAAGUACCGUACCCUGCCAGCACAAGCACGAGCACUCGUACUCGAGUACACUGCAGCAGGUAUGUCUCUGGGGGGCAUUCCAUUUCCCGCGGCGUAAGGUGCCGUAAUUGUAAUAAGGCCAGCACGAUACUGGUCGGUAGAUAGGUGGUGUUGUAUGCGUGUCUUCCUGGAUAUUUUCUGCCCCUUUCCCAAGGCUUGCAUAGGAAGCAAGCUGGGUAAAGUUCCAGGAGAGCUGCAUGCCUUUCUAUUUUUCUUAGUCCUUUUUCCAUCGCGGUGAGGAGCAAUACCCACCGCACAGGACACAGGGCAAGAACUUCCGCCCAAAAUGAGAGGUGAGUUGUUCAUGAUUGCAUACAGUGGGACGUUAGUCACAGCACAUCGCAUGGCGGGCAAGUUUUUUUUUUUUUUAUAAACCCUCUCUCCCUAUUUUUCUGCUGCAGUGCAGCCUGCAGGGCCUGCAGGGCCUGCCAAUGAGAUCCUCGGGAUCUCGAAAACUGCCGAAAAAGCGAGCUUGGGUUCGCCCUGAACAAGCAAGCGAAUGCGGAUAAACGAGUGGGAUGUUCGAUGGGGGUGCAGUGAGGUAAACCUUUUUCAACAUUGUGGGGAGGAGCGAGUUUCGGAGACAGCACUUGGAGGUGGUUCCUGGUCAGGGAGCCGCUGUGGUGGCUGACCUAACCCUUUUCCUUCACUACCGCACCGCAGAGCUGCGGUUCUUCCGGAGUCGAGCCGGCUGAUGCUCCCCGGUUAGUCCAGCUUUAGUUCACAGCAUCCCAGCUCAGCGUUGUGUGCUCGGAGCUCUCCCUCGUCUCACAAGGCGCGUCAAGAUUUUUUCCUCUUCCCUUUUUUGGGCUUUCUCGUCUCGUCUUUUUUCUUCUUUUCCCCUACAGUCGAAUUCGCCCUUCCUCCGCAGGUAUCAUAUUGUUACUUGAUAUCCUUUUUCUUUUUUCUGCUAUCCGACCCGCUGGGAGGAAAGUCUGGAAAGAGGGGGCAAAAACAAAAGAGGGAACAAUAGAGGAAUAAAGAAAAGAAGAAAAAAAAGAGGGGAGCCUUUUGGCCCAGGAGCUCGUGUUUGCUUGCAGAGACAAGAAGCCCUUUUCCAGGAAUUUUUUCUCACCUCGGAGGCGUUUUUUCUUUCCUUCCCUUCUUCCUUGCUUUCUAUUUCCUCCUCAGAGGCACAUUAUCAUUUCCUUUCCUGGACCUCUCUCCUACUCCUCACUGCCGUCUUGAAUGGUGCGUGAACGAGAUAGAUGAUAGACGGAGAGUGAAUUGGGGCUUGUUCUCGGGGGCUUAACAUUAACCACUCUGCCCUUCUUGAGAGGCUUAGCAGUUUGCAUCCCGCUUUCCUCGACCUUUCCCCUAUCUCGUGCCAUACUCCAGUACCUUCCUAUCGUCUGCGUCGGGUAAACCGCAGUAACAAAGAGCAGCCUUACCGCUCCUCCGUUGUCGAAAUAGAUUGUCCUGCGUCAUUCUCUCUGAUACCGCCACCACUGGCAGGUUUGCCCCAUACAAUCUCAUAACGCCGUCCAGAGCUAGGGCUCCAUACAAGUAGUCACGAGGAAGAGAAUAGAAGGGAAAAAGCGAGAGGUUCAAGGGGAGGAGGUCUGGAGCUCUUCACAGCCUCUACCUUCCCUCUCUGCUCCUUCCUUCCUUCUCUCACCCCCCUUGCCCCAUCCCCUUCCUCAUCGAUCGAGUAUGGGGAACCAUACGAAUGUUGUCUCCCUGGGUGACGUCUAUCGUCCUGGUGCUUCGUUAGCACAGGAUGUUGUGUUCUACACUCACUAUGCCUACCCGGUGUCUCUCUUUUUCUUUUUUCUGGUUGCACUCACUUGGUGGGGGAUCUCGACCUCUGAAUCUUCGAAACCUACUCCACCGCCUGUUACUGGUAUCUACGAGAACGGGGAAAGAAAGAAAAAACGCCGGAGCUCGGGCCGAACCAACGGUGGCUUUUUCGGGAGGAUAGCAGAACGAUUUCCCGGAGGCGCAAAACCUAGAGGAAAGAAGGUAGCUGAUGACAAACUAACUCCGCUAAGAAAGGCUGUGUUCAAUUGGUUAUUGGUCGGUGUAAUUUUCACCUUAGUCGCGAACUCAACAAACGUCAUUUUACAUGCUUUGACCAAGAAGGGUUGGUGGUGUGGAAAGGAUUAUGUGGUGAGCAAAAUGUACCUUGAAUAUGCACUUUGGUCAUAGGUCGCUAACGUGCCCGGCUUCCAUCUAGAUCUGCACUGUCUCGCUGCUCUUCAUAUAUGCAAUAAUCCUUAUCUCACAACUCGACAACAACCUUUACCCCACACUCCCCCACCUUGCCUCAUGGUUUUUUGGUUUGGUUGGUGAGGUUGUUCUCUUGGUAGCGAACGUCUUCGCUUAUGGAGAGAGGCAUGGGCCGUUGAUUGGUGGGAGUGGUGUAAGUGUGGGAGCUACUAAAAAUCGCCUUUCACUGCACAAUUGGGAUAUUGUAGACUUAUCUAUCGAUGCUCUUCGGAUUGUCUUCCUCGUGCUGUUGGCCGGGCUAUACGUUUGCCUCAUCAUACUCUCGAAGCAGGAAUCUGACGAUAGUGACUCGGAGGAAAGUAGUUCGCUUUUGGCCUCCUCUUCCUCAUCUACGGUCGAUGGUGUGCCAGAUUAUGGCUCUGUCCCUGCACAUGCCCCGGCUGGAUGGGGUAGAAGGGCUGUUGUUGGGAAGCAAAGCUGGUGGGAAUAUGUCCAGGGAUACACCAUCUUUUUCCCAUACCUCUGGCCAAGUAAGGAUAGAAGGCUGCAGUUCCUGAUGAUAAUUUGUUUCAUACUCAUGGUGCUCCAACGUGGUAUAAACGUGAUGGUGCCAAUACAACUUGGGAAGAUUACAAAUAUCCUCGGCGGGUCAAACGGAGAACUGCGUAAUAUUAUCCUUGCCUUUAUGAUUUCAUGCCGUGGCUUGUAUGCUUCAGAAGGACUGACCUAUCUAAUUUCAGCACGCCUCCCAUACUUCCAAAUACUUCUAUACAUUGUCUACAGAUUCCUCCAAGGCAACAUGGGUAUUCUUGGCGCUACCCGUAGCAUGUUGUGGAUACCAAUUGGCCAGUAUUCGUACCAAGCCUUGUCAACCUCAGCGUUUGAACAUGUUCACUCCCUGUCACUCGACUUCCAUCUUGGCAAAAAGACUGGCGAGGUUUUGAGCGCCCUCAGCAAGGGCAAUGCUAUCAAUACUUUCCUUGAACAAGUCACAUUCCAAGUCGUUCCCAUGUUGUUUGAUUUGCUAGUUGCGAUUAUUUACUUCCUUGUCUCCUUUGAUGCGUGAGUUUCGAGCAUUUCCAUGCAUUAAGUUACAACGCCUUCUAACUCUGUGGUAUCUAGGUAUUACGCACUUAUUGUGGCUAUCGUCACCCUGUGUUAUUUGUACAUCACGGUGAGGAUGGCCCAAUGGCGUGCAGAUAUUCGUAGGGAGAUGGUCAACAGGUCCCGCGACGAGGAUGCGGUCAAGAACGAUUCCAUGGUUGCCUAUGAAACUGUGAAGUACUUUAAUGCUGAGGGUUACGAAUUUGGCAGGUAUAGAGAUGCUGUAAGGGCCUAUCAGAAGGCAGAGUACAAAGUUCUCUUUAGUUUGAACGUGAUGAAUGUCACUCAAAAUCUGGUCUUCACCAUCGGGCUUGUUGUGGCUUGUUUCCUGAGUGCAUGGCAAGUUUCAGCCGGUGAAGCAUCGGUUGGAAGUUUCGUCUCCUUACUGGCAUAUCUUGCGCAGUUACAGGUUAGCAGCUUGCCAAACUUAUCUCAUGAUGCGCUAAUCGAACAACCUAGGGCCCCUUGAACUUCUUUGGGACAUUCUAUCGAAGCAUUCAGAGUUCCAUGAUCAACUCCGAGCGUAUGCUUGAAUUGGUGAGAAGUCUUUGCCCAGCCUCAUCUAUUUAUACUAAUGCAAAUAUUUCUUGAUCUGCAGUUCAAGGAGCAGCCUACCGUCGUUGAUGCGCCACACGCCGAGAAGCUGACUAAAUGCGAAGGCGAAAUUGCCUUCAAGGAUGUGCAUUUCUCUUAUGAUGCUCGGAAACCGGCUCUGCGUGGACUUGACUUUGUGGCUAAACCGGGAACUACCACCGCAUUCGUUGGUGAGAGCGGUGGCGGCAAGACAACGGUUUUAAGGCUUCUCUUCAGAUUUUAUAACGUCGAGGAGGGUAGGAUAGAGGUUGACGGGAAGGAUGUACGGGACAUUACGAUCGACUCGUUGAGAUCUCAUAUUGGUGUUGUCCCCCAGGAUACGGUGCUUUUCAAUGAGAGCGUAAUGUGAGUUAUCCUCAUCCUGGAGAUCACGAGAAUGACAAUGGGGGGAUAUGCUAAUUGAUUGGAAGGUACAACUUGAAAUAUGCCAACCCAAACGCAACAAAUGAAAUGGUCUACGAGGCCUGUAGAGCGGCCAGUAUCCAUGACAAAAUUGAGAGCUUCCCUGAUGGCUAUCACACUAAGGUUGGCGAACGAGGACUGAGGCUUUCUGGGGGGGAAAAACAGAGGGUGAGAAUUACAACCUAGCGACCCUUAACAGCAUACUAAUAAAGUGGGGUCCAGGUCGCGAUUGCACGAACGAUCUUAAAAAACCCCAAAGUCAUCCUUCUUGACGAAGCCACUGCUGCAUUAGAUUCUGAAACAGAGCAGCAUAUUCAGGCUGCACUUAGGGAGCUUGCUAAAGGCCGAACCACCCUUGUUAUCGCGUAAGUAGAUUCCUUCGUGUUGGCUGUGCUGUUGGUUCCGCGGCUGGGGUUAGCUACUGCCUAUACCCCGUAUGGGAGAUCCCCGGUUCUGUCUGCAUCCGUCACUCGUUAAUUGUCUGCUUGCUGCUAUUGGAACAUAACAGCCGGGUAUUCGUCAACACGUAACAGGCUAACUCAAUGUCUUCCAAUCCAAAUUUAUCUAGUCAUCGCCUGUCAACUAUCAUUGCUGCCAACCAAAUUCUCUGCCUCCACGAAGGACAAGUCGUGGAAUCCGGCACGCACGAUGAACUGCUUGCCAAGAAUGGACGCUAUGCAAUGAUGUGGAGAAAGCAAAUCCGGGCAGAGCAGAAGCAAAAGAAAGCGGCGAUGAAGAAGAACGAUGAAUCUGAGUCAUCAACCGAAGACACUGACGAAUCGCUAAUCGAUCUGGCUCCUUCCUAUCCGUCGGGAGUUCCGGGGAAUGACGAUAGCAUGUUAGAGAGCGAGUCCGUCACCCCGGAGAUGAUUGAUACACCCCCCGGCGAGCUGAGCACUAUGCCGGCAAUCGCUAGUGCGCAAAACACUGUCGGCGGAGGCCCCAGCACCAUGGAAACCGAGGUCACUCCCAGGACAGCCGCUGCCGAGAUAGUUGGGGGGGAGGGUUCAGUAUUGGGCCGAGCGGCUAAUCCACCGGCGGGUCUUGGAUCGCUUUCCAGAAAAGGCAAAGGCAAGGAUCGGGAAGGGCUGAGGAGAAGUGGUAGCACACUAUCAACGAGCGCUAGUGGAUCAGGUGGGGAACCACGACUAAUCUCUCAUGGGGGAUGGACCGCUCGAAACCUUAAGAGGGCGUUCAGCCUCAAAAACUCAAUGCUCCAUCGGAAGUCCGCAAGUUUUGGCGGAAGGGGUAGUCCGAGUGGUAGUGAGAGGGGCAGCGAGAGGGGAAGUGAGAGGGGUAUCGACGAUAAAUAGUUGAGACAACGCUACAAGGCGGGGAAAAUAAAAUUGGACCAUGACGAGCGAGAUGGCGAAUAUAACGAUGGGUAUGGGUGCCGGGCCUAAAGCGGAGGAGGAACAAGAGCACGCUCAGAAGCUUAUCCUGUGAUAGAUUUUGUUGUCGUUUGGUUUUCUUUUUUCUAUUUUUUCCUUCUCCCUUUCUCAUCAGCUAACGAAGAAAUGAUUCAGCCAUCUGAAAACGAGUCGGAUGCUUGUACGAGUUUUAUUUAUACUAAAUUUACAUUGCAACGAGGCGAUUGGUGGGUGGGGACGGGGGUAUGGAAAUGGAAAUGGAAGAGGAGCUUAUCACGGCUUGGACCAUUUUUAACGAAAUCAUUGUCCGAUGUCGACUCUUCCCGCUUUUCUUUUCCCCCCCCUUACCCCUCGCUCAGACGUUCUUUUGCCCACAUUAUCUCUCUCCACCAGCCCACCUAAAUAAUCUGGCCAUGUGCCCUCUCUUUUCCUCCAUGUCCAUUAACGAGUUUUCCUUUCUUUUUCUCUCUCCUUCGCACAGUCAUAUUCUGCACUCCCAACGGCGGUGCAGGGGUGUGGGGUCAAAGGUUGUGUCGCGCGCGCGCCGUGACCCGGAGCAGCAUGGUACAGUAAUUAAUCAAUCACGAAGUAAAUACGGGCAAAUAAAUAAAGGUUACCGUCAUGCGCACCAUACUUGUACACGGGAUGAUGCUCGUAAGGAUACGGAAGCGAUCGGAAAGACGAAUGAUGGGAGGCCAUAGACUACCGUAAGCACAAGUCAAGGGUCGGAGGCGGUGGCGGUGGAAGUGCAGAAUAGGGAAAUAAAUGUAUGAUAUU